GUACACAUUACAUGCCAAAAACCCGUUCACAUGGAGUACGCAUGAUUGAUUACUCCAAAUCCCAAACUUAAUACACUCUUAAUUAGUAACUUCCUCAUCACUUUGAGGCAGGCAUGAAAAUGGAUGCGAGGACCCAAAACUUAGCCGGGUGGUUCUUCGGGAGUUUAUUUAGGUACAUAAGAGGCAUCAUCUUCCGUGUUCUGUCCGUAGGUGAGAUUCCCCACCACAUCGCCUUCAUCCUGGAUGGAAACAGAAGGUACUGCCACGAACUGGGAGUGAAAUACGUGACGAUAUACGCAUUCAGCAUAGACAACUUUAAGCGGAGACCAGAUGAGGUCCAAUGUUUGAUGGAUUUGAUGCUGAACAAAGUGGAGGGAUUACUGAGGUACGAGGCUGCCCUGAACCAGUACGGAGUGAGAGUCGUCUUCAUCGGCAACCUGAGGUUACUGGACAAGCGGCUCAGGGCUUCUGCCGAAAUGGCAAUGGAUGCAACCCGAUCCAACUCUAGCAUCGUCCUCCUCAUCUGCGUCGCCUACACCUCCACAGACGAGAUGCUUCACGCAGCCCAAGUGUGCUGCAGAGACAAGAGGGGAAGGUUGAAGCUUUCGGAAGUUCAUCACAGACGAAGGCAGCGCAGCGGGAAUGGUGGGGCGGUGAUGUUGGAGGAGGCGGUGGCAGAGCGUGGUUUUGCGCUGGUCGAUCUGGAGAAGCAUAUGCAGAUGGGGUUAGCGCCGGAGGUGGAUAUUUUGGUGCGAACCUCGGGAGAAACUCGGCUCAGUAACUUUCUGCUGUGGCAGACUUCUAGCUGCCUGUUGUACUCUCCAAGAGCUUUGUUUCCUGAGAUUGGUCUCAGGCACUUGGUCUGGGCAGUGUUGAAUUUUCAAAGGCUUCAACCUUAUUUCCACCACAGAAAGAGCACACUCAACCACAAAUAUAUUAAUCCAUCAGAGUUAACAUCCCUUAAUUAGUACAGCAGUACUAUAUAAAUAUUGGUUUAUGUAUAAUUAAGCUAAGUUUGAGUUUAAGCAAUUUUAGGUAAGCUAAAACUAAUUAAAAAAAAUUAGAUAGUGAUUGGGAUCACAUGCAAGAGCAAUAUAAUAUCGAGAAUUUACGAAUACUUUGAUAAUAAUCGUGAGUAAAUUCUGUAUUUUGCGCGCAGAGGAAGUGUGUAUGUUUUUACAAUGAGAUCGACUUGCUUCUAUUUAUAAUAUCAUGAUCCAAGUUGUCAUGUGCACUUUGUCACCUUUCCAACAGAUCUGGAAACUCCUUCGUGGUAUCUAAAAACGGUUGGGCAGUACAGUAUAUCUUCACCCUCCAAACCUUUGUUGGGUCAUCAGGUGUUACCUUCUAUCUUUCCGGACGUUUCUUCCAUUGUCCGACGAUUUCGGAAUUCCUCUUAAAAUCUAGGGACAACUCAACUAAUCGGCCUUAUCACCUUCCCCUUACAUAGCUAGAAUUGGUCAUAAAGAUAUAAAAAGGUACAAAUGGACUAAUUAGUGGAAAAUUAAAUCUCACAAUUAUAGAAUUUACUUGCAUAAUUAAUUCUAAUAAAUGUAGAAUUAAUUACCCAAAGAUUUGCUCCAAGAAUUUGCAUGUAGAAUUAAUUACUCAACUUACAUAUAUGAAAAGCAUUACAAGACAACUCUAGUUUUAGUUAUUGAACCAAAGAUUAAUGUUCCACUAUAAACAUGGAUUGAACUAAUUAAUUACGCCUUCAUAUAUAGAAAAUUGUUGUGCCUCUACGGGUUUAGCGGACAAACUUGGUUAGUUAUAACACUUGCACAGUGGGAAAUUGCACCCCUCAAUAUUUAAUUAAGUUAGUUUUAACAUGAGAUGUAUUGAAGAAUGAAUGGUGAAUCUGUAUUUAUAUACUAUUAUUGGUUCAAAUUCAAUUGGGUCGAUGUCAAUACUUCCGGUCAGAAAUGGACUCUUUUUCAUAACAAAAAACCUAAAAAAGUGUGAAGACCUUACUCUAUUGGGAUGGUUAGCUAUUCAGUUUAUUCAAUUUAUUCUGUUUUCCCUGUCACAAGUGCAAUGUAGACACAUCCUCACCUCCCAUUAGAUUUGUAGGUUCACAUCGAAGAUGAGACCGGCGAGACUCCUCUUUGAUUUUGAAGCUCACUCUUGGUUCAUCUUUAUCAUCAAAUUAAAGAAGUACUCCUAAAACACAGAGUUUAAUGUACUAAACCCUCCCAUUAUUUAUAAAUUCAGGGAAUUAGCCCUUAUGAUUUAAAAAAUGCGUCAAAACCCACCUCCAAGCACAAAUUUUACAAUUUUGAAAUCACUUGUCUUAAUAAUAUGAUUGAAUCAGAAUUUACUAAAGUAGAAAUAAAAUAGAAAUGUGUGGUUGUGGUUGCGUAAGAAAAGGUGAAUGAAUGAUAGUCACACAAAACUUUUCAAAAAGAAAAAUGGGAAGAACUUUUUGGGACAUCCCAAAAAGGUGAGUGAAUUGUUUUAAUGAGAAUUUAUGGGACGGAAGGAGUAAUAAAUCUCUUUUAUUUAGCAAUUAAAUUUGAUCAUAAAGAGUUUUUGCGCAUGAAUAACUAUAGCGCAAAUGAGUUUGACGCAUUUUUUAAAUCACAUAGGCUUAUGCGCAGAAUUUAAGAGGCUUAGUGCAUUUAAACCCCUAAAACACAAGUACUCCUAUUUGUGCAUUUUGUGUAUGUUUUAAUCCUAUUGAGAACAAUUUAUUGCGUAAGAUAAUUCCUUGGAGUACAGGAUUGAUCCAGCUAAUUUGGAUUAAAUUAGGUAAUAUCAUGGUGUUUAAAAACAAAUUAAAAUCAUACUAUAUGAGUGAUGGAUGAGUAGAGUGAAAUGAAUCUCUACUUCUUUCCUGGCAAUAACCGCCCCCAUGGAAAGAGCAUGCAUGGCAUCAAUUCUGUACGUUCUAGCUGCUACGCCCAAAUUAAAACUCCGAUCCGAGUACAGCUAGCAGCUGCAUAAUAAUUAAGCACCCAAUUCCCUUAAGUCAUCGAUCGAUCAUAUAUAUCAUAUGGCCAAAACCCAAAAGCUGGCAGCAGCAGCAGCAGGGUGGCUCUUCGGGAGCAUUUUCAGGUUCCUCAGAAGGUUUGUGUUCCUCAUUCUAUCUGCGGGAGUCAUUCCCAAACACAUCGCCUUCAUUCUUGACGGAAACCGACGGUACGCCAAGAAACACAAACUCUUAAACGAGACAGGUUACAGAGCCGGCUUUCUCGCUCUCAUCUGCCUACUCAAGUACUGCCACGAACUAGGCAUCAACUAUGUCUCGCUCUUCAUCUUCAGCAUCGACAACUUCAGCCGGACGGCCGAGGAAGUCCAGUUCCUGAUGGACUUGAUGUCCACCAAAGUCGAAGGCCUGCUCAAGUACCAGGAUGUCCUGAACCAAUACGGAGUCCGGGUGCAGUUCAUUGGGAACCUUAACUUAAUCGACAGACGGCUUAGGGUCGCCGCCGAGGCCGCCAUGCACGCAACCUGCGCAAAUUCCAACAUCGUCCUCAUCGUCUGCUUGGCCUAUGCUUCUUCUGCUGAGAUAGUCCGUGCGGCUCAGCAGUGCUGCAUGGCGAAGAGAGAAGAGUUGAUGCAGGUAAACUCCUUGGAGGUGGCCCCCGCGGGGAUUGUGACGGUGGCGGACAUGGAGACGAAUAUGUACACGGCGGGCUUGGGCCCGGAUCCUGAUAUCGUGGUUCGGACUGCAGGGGCCAACAGGCUAAGUAAUUUUCUGAUGUGGCAAACUUCUAACACCAUGUUGUAUUCCACAGGGGCAUUGUUUCCGGAGAUUGGGCUAAGGCACUUGGUGUGGGCAGUCUUGACUUUCCAAAGAGCUCACCCUUAUUUGCAGAAGAGAGUCAUUCUAUCAUAAAACCAAAUCCUUCAUAUAUCGUUAUAGAAUAUAAUCGAUCUACACAAAGAUUUUUUCUUCAAAAUAACAAUAUGAUUACAAUAUCAUCGGUCAUUAAGUUUAGGGGUGCAAUAAUUGAUAGAGAUUUUUAAAGAGAAAAUUAUUACUCAUAUUCAGUGACCGAACCAGCUCGAGAACUCUGGAGGGGUACAUAAUGGUAAAGGGAAGGUCUCCGGCAAGGCAGGCGGCUUCCGGCAAUAGAUACUUAAAUAACUUUUCUUGGUUUUUUAUAAAUAGCUAAUAUACAUAAUACAGACAGCUAAAGACUCUGAAGUCUGGGGGAAAUUAAAUACACACUUCACAUUUUAACAAUGCAUCGUGGUAUUUUUUCUUCAAUUUAUUUUUACGAUUGUAACCAGCCAAGCGAAAGUACACCUUUCGCAACUGACAACAACAACUUCAGACACUGAAGUCCUGCCCGCCUUAACCCGCAAUUGAAGAUGAAUCCAUGAAAAAUCCAGGAAUUGGUGUCAACAAUGUCAUCAUAUAUCUGACAAUUCAACUUCUAUUUGAGGGUUUUUAACCUUAUUUUCAGUGUUAGGAUGACAUUUUGUGAUGCAGAAAUUAAGUUAUUUAAAGAAGAACCAUCCAUGCUCGGACCUUUACUACCUUUAGGAAUCGGUGUAUAAAAUUUUAACAUGGAGAAUUUUUGUCAAACUACCUAGAAAGACUACCAUUGAAGUAAUACAAGUAUAAUUGUAAAAUUUGCACAGUAAGAAACGAAAUGAACAAAUCCAGAAUUAAAGUACAAUUAACAAUUUAUUAAAUGAAAAUAGAAUUGCACAUAAAAUUAACAAUUUAUAAAAAGAGGAAAAAAUUCUGGGAUUGAAGGUUACAGCAGGGCUUACCUGCAAGAUGGAUAUGGGACUUGGGAGUAAGUCGGAAGAAGGGCCGAACUGCCGAAGGGGUAGUCGCCGACUCGCCGUUGGCAAGUUGCUCACUUGGCUGUUGCUGCGCAGAGAUGGCUUCCCAACUCCCGCUUCUGUCUAGUGGGCUUAGGCUGGUCUGGGCUGCAGGGGCUUGGUUACAUAUUUAUUAAGAAUUUUUACAACUUUUAGUCCUCCCACUAUAAUGCCAAUGACUCUUUGGUACUCAAUUUUAUUUUUUUUUAUUUUUAAUCCCUGAUUAUUGUGUUAAAGACACAUUUGACACUCGUUUUUUAAAAUUUCUAUAUUUAGUCCUUCAAUUUUCAUAAAAUUGAUAUUUGCAUUUCUUCAACUACUAUAAUAGUGAUAAUCUGUAUCCCCACUUAUUGUGUCAAACUCAUAGUAGAAGGAUUAAAAAUAUCAAAUUGAUAAUAAUACUAAGAGGACUAAAUGUCUAAAUGUGGGAAACUUUGAUGUCGAGGAAUAAAAGUGUCUCUAAUAAUUGAGUACUAGAAAUGCAAAAAAAUGAAAAGUCGAGUAUAAUAGUAGGGGAACCGAAAGUUAAAAAAAGAAAGAAUUGCCGGUCUAUGACUUUUGACUUUUCAAAUUCUAAAAAUAUACUCCGUAACCCUUUUUCUUUUUCCAAAAAUGUGAUUCAGACUUCUCUCCCCCACGUCUCUCUCCGCACAGACGCACAUCACAAGCCGAGACUUUUCUCUGCCGCCAUAAACCACCGGCCAUGGCGUGGUCUUCCUUUAUUUCUGCAUGAGGUUGAUGCGCCUCUUCUCUCCGCACGGCCAUGGCGCCUUCUCUCUGCCGGUCCGCCUGCCUGAGCCUCGCUGUCCCUCUGCCGCAUCUCCGCCGAUCCGCCUCUCUGAAGAAGGACGACGAACCUCGAGCUAAGGAUUUGCCUCGCCGAUCUUCCUUUAUUCUUCUUCUCUCCUCCUUUCUUGUCCGCAAAUCACUAAGCCACCGACGCUGUGAAACUGAGCCAUCGACGCCGUGAAACUGAGCCAUCGACGCCGUGAAACUGAGCCAUCGACGUCGUUGCUGCUCUGCACUUCUUCUCGUCGCAACCGUUUGCGUUGUCUAGCAUCGUCGAUGCCUUCUCUACCUUCGCCGAUGCACCUCUCCUUGUUGUUGCUUUCACUGUUCUUCUUCUCUCUGCUUCGGAUACACCUCGAAUCAAAGGACGGAUCUGGCAAGCGGCCAGAUCUGGCGGAAGACGGCGGCUAGGGUUCAUUGGUGGUGGUCGGGGUUGGGUUAGACUGUCAAGGGUGGGGCUGGGAGGGUGAAUUAGGGCUGGGAGGGGUGGAUUGAGGCUGAGAGGGGUGGGUUGAGGCUGAGAGGGGUGGAUUGGUGUGCGGCAACGAUUAGGGUGGCUGGAGAUGGCGGAGUUGGUGGUUGGGACUGGGAUUCUGGGGAGUCAAGUCAGGAUAGGGAAGUGGGGUUAGUCACUAGGCUGUGGCGGUGGUCGGCCGGAGUGGUGGCCGCGACUGUGACGGGGAGGGGUAGUGUAGAGGGCGUGGUUGCCAAUGGUGCACAGGGGCUGGGGCAUGGGUUGGGGUGCGGUGGCCGCUUGGUCGGCCGGGUGGUUGAUUUGAGGUGGUUCAAUGGAAGGGGCGAACAGCGGCAGUGACUUGCCGGGGGAGGGGGCGGCCGGGGUAGUGACUGGGGUAGUGACUGUCCGGCAGAGUCAUUGUCGAUGGCGGCGGAGUGUGCUAAUCACUCUCGGGGGAAGACAAUGUUUUGAGGUUUAAAAGGCCCCAUUUGAAGAUAUCGUCGUCGCACAAUAUCUCAAUCAUUGACAUGAUAUUCAUUCAUAUGCUUCCUUUUACCGGAAUCAACUUCAAGAUUUUCUAAAUUUACUUCAAUACGAGGACGUGGGAUAGAACCUUCCGCAAAGCUUUGAUUAGAUGAAUCCUCUAAAGUAGACUUUCUUUUGUAAGGAAAAUAACUUGCCAAGACUGAUUUUUCCAUAACUGAACAAUAAAAUGUAUUUCAUAAAUUCAUUUAGAAAUAUUAAUUACACAUAUUGUUCAAAUAAAUUAAUAUUAUUAACAAUCUGUCAAUCUCUAAAUGUUUAUUUGCAAUUGUCAAUUGCUUUAUAUACUAUUUGUCAAUACUAAACCAAUGAAUUAAGAAAUUGUUAAUUGAUUAAUAUACUACUACGUAUUUCUUAAUCACUAAAAUUACUUCAACAAAAAACAGCUAAUUGACUAAUUCCUUCACAUAGCAGCUACCAAAUCAGUGAAUAAAAAUCAAUAAAUCAAAAAACACAAGCUACAAAAGCAAUUAAGGAGCAACUAAGCAACUCAAGCAAGUGAACUAAAUGAUGAAAAUAACAGAUCCAAGAAUCAAGAGUUUAGUCAUGAGUCUUACCUUGAGCUUUGGGAAUUGAAAAUUGAGGCCAAUAACUCGUUGAUGAAGAUAACAGAUUCAAGAAUCAAAAGCCCACAGGUCUGAUAGCUUGGCCAUUGACGUUGUUUGCCU